AUGGCACGAUAUCAGUUUAGUUAUGGAGAAGACGAUAGUAGUUCUGAGAGUGAGAGCAAGUCAGCCUCAUCAUCAAAAACCUCUUCUUCAACAACCAAACCCAAUAGCCAAUUUAGCAAUCCGCUCCCUCGCGCCAGCACUCCACCUUUCACCUUUUUCUUCAACGAGUCUCUCCUAUUAGACCCCAAUUUCGUCAACAAGAAACCCAUCUCUCCCCCUACCCCUCCACAAUCCCCUACAUCCUUCAACCUCCAUCCCGGAAUUACUCCCCGAAGAACCCCACCAUCCAAAAGAUCCCUUCUCCCACCCCUUACCCCUUCUAAACCCAUCAUCUCCCACAUCCCCACAAGCUACAAUCGCCCACAGGAAAACACUCCAAGCCACUCCCCCUCCCCCUCCACCCGCACCAUCACUUCCCCCUCCUCAACCUCCCAGAAAACCUGCACCUGCACCUGCACUCCCACCCUCACCCACCACCUCCACCAAACCACCCACCCCACCUCAUCCAACCGCGACCAAACCGCACGCCUCCUCACUCCGCACACCCUCUACCGCGAAAACAGGGACGAACAAGAAUCCACCAUCGCCUCCCUCCAAAAACUAACUCGCGCCCUCGAAAAAAUCAUAGAUGCCACAACCUGGUAUCGAUCACUAAUCGAGACGCAAGAGCGCGAGAUUUCUGAGGCGGAGACGAAAAGACAAGAAGCCGAGAGGAAAAGUCAGGAGAUGGAAGAGAAGAUGGGGAAUCUGGAGCGGGAACUUGAGGUGUGGAGAGGAGGGUGGGAGGAGAGUGAGAGAAGAGCUGGGGGAUUGUGA